UCUCGCCGACGCUGUUUGAAGCGUGAACACUGCGGUGUCCCCUUGUUUUUGGCGCUCGGGUCUGUUCGGUGUUCGGGGUCUUUGUCUGAAUUGAAAUCGAUGGCGGUGCCAGGUCCCAACAAGGACAACAUCAGAGCAGGUUGCAAGAAAUGUGGAUAUCCGGGCCACUUGACGUUUGAGUGCCGGAACUUUGUCAGGGUUGAUCCACAGAAGGACAUCGUUUUAGACGUGAGCAGCACCAGCACCGAUGAGAGCGACGAAGAUGUACCGGCUCCUCAGCGCAAUGAAAAACUUGUACGGAAUGUUCAUCGCCAGAGAGCUUCCAGCGAAGAUGAUCUGAGAAGAAAAGACAGACGGAAACAGAAGAAAAACAGAGACAGGAAGUCAAGAAGGAGAUCUUCAUCAUCUUCGUCAAGUGAAGACGAGGUGCCGAAGAAGAAAAAGAAGCAGAGCAGGUCGUCGUCAGAUGAAGAUGAAAGAAAAAGAAAAAAGAAAUUGAAAAGCCACAAGAAGAAAAGCAAGAAGCACAAAAAGGAGCACGGCAAACAUCACAAGAAGAAGCAGAAGAAAAGAGAAACAUCCCCUUCUGGGUCCAGUGACUCUUCGGAGAGCGACUGAGGACAGACCUCAUUCAGUCUUUUUACAUUUUUACCACAUGUGGUAAAGAAGAUUGAGAAAGCUUUGACCACCUUUGUACAUAAUGCUUUCAUCUCAGUGAGAAUUUAUUUCUGUUUUUCUCCCAGGCACCCCAACACCUUUUUUGUACUGUUUAUUUCUUCUUUCCUGCCAGUAACUCUUCUUCCUGUUUUAUUUUCCCCCACCAAAGUUUUCCAAUUUGUAUGCCUACCUUUCUUUUUAAAAAAUAAAAGUCUAUAUUUAUAUUGAAACAUUAGAGAAAUAGACGAAGCAAGUUUCUAUGCUGCUGUAACAACCAAAAUUUCCCCGUUGUUUAAAGAAUAAAGCGUUUCUAAUCUAAUCUGAACUGUCAAGUUCCAAAAAUUCUCUUU